AUGUCAUUCCUGACUACAGACCCAUUUCCAGUACGUCAUCUCGACCACAGAACUACUCCCAGUACGUCAUCUCAGGCACAUAACUACUCCCAGUACGUCAUCUCGACCAUAGACCUUACUCCCAGUACGUCAUCUCAGGCACAGAACUACUCCCAGUACGUCAUCUUGAGGCACAGAACUACUCCCAGUACGCUCAUCUCGACCACAGAACCACUCCCAGUACGUCAUCUCGACCACAGAAUCAUUUCCAGUACGUCAUCUCGACCACAGACCCACUCCCCCAGUACGUCAUCUCAGGCACAGAACUACUCCCAGUACGCGUCAUCUCGACCACAGAACUACUCCCAGUACGUCAUCUCUGACCACAGAACUACUCCCAGUACGUCAUCUCUGACCACAGAACUACUCCAGUACGUCAUCUCGGACCACAGACCUACUCCCCAGUACGUCAUCUCAGGCAUUGCAGAACUACCCCCAGUACGUCAUCUCGACCACAGAACUACUUCCAGUACGUCAUCUCGACCACAGACCUACUCCCCAGCACGUCAUCUCAGGCACAGACCCAUUCCUGCACAAGGUCAGUCCUCAUCUGUAACUACUCCCCACGUCAUCUCUGACCACAGAACUACCCCCAGUACGUCAUCCGGACCACAAACCACUCCCAGUACGUCAUCUCAGGCACAGAACUACUCCCAGUACGUCAUCUCGACCACAAACUACUUCCCAAACUACUCCCAGUACGUCAUUCAGGCACAGACCUACUCCCAGUACGUCACGUCAUCUCAGGCACAUGAACUACCCCAGUACGUCAUCAUCUCAGGCACAGAACUACCCCAGUACGUCAUCUCGACUCACAGAACCACUUCCCCAACCUACUUCCAGUACGUCAUCAUUCAAGCACAGAACUACUUCCCAGUACGUCAUCUGACCACAAAACUACUUCCAGUACGUCAUCAUCUCGACCACAGUCCUACUCCCAGUAGUCAUCUCAGGAUCAGACCUACUCCCAGUACGUCAUCUCUCGACCACAAACUACUUCCAAACUACUUCCAGUACGUGUCAUCUCGACCAUUGAGAACUACUUCCAGUACGUCAUCUCGACCACAGACCCACUCCCAGUACGUCAUCUCUGACCACAGAACUACUCCCCAGUACGUCAUCUCAGGCACAGAACUACUUCCAGUACGUCAUCUCGACCACAGAACUACUCCUGGUACGUCAUCUCAGGCAGAACUGGCCCAGUACGUCAUCUCGACCACAGACCUACCCCAGUACGUCAUCUCGAUUCACAGACCCACUUCCAGUACGUCAUCUCGACCAUACAGACCCACUCCCAGUACGUCAUCUCGACCACAGAACUAUUCUCCAGGCGUCAUCCUGACCAGAACUACCCCAGUACGUCAUCUCAGGCACAGAACUACUCCCAGUAUGUCAUCUCGACCACAGAACCAAUUCCCCAGUACGUCAUCCUCGACCACAGAACUACUCCCCAGUACGUCAUCUGACCACAGACCUACUUCCAGUACGUCAUCUCAGGCACAGACCUACUCCCAGUACGUCAUCUCUGACCACAGACCUACUCCCAGCACGUCAUCUCUGACCACAGACUCCACUUCCAGUACGUCAUUCCCUGACCACAGAACUACUCCCAGUACGUCAUCUCGACCACAGAACUACUUCCAGUACGUCAUCUCUGACCACACAGACCUACUCCCCAGUACGUCAUCUCUGACCACAGACCUACUUCCAGUACGUCAUCUCGGACCACAGACCUACUUCCAGUACGCUAUCCGGACCACAGAACUACUCCCAAACUACUCCCAGUGCUGCCGCGCCCCAGGUGUUGCAGUCCAUUCCCUAGUACGUCAUCUCGACCCACAGAACUACUCCCAGUACGUCAUCUCGACCAUAGAAUCAGCUCCCAGUACGUCAUCUCGACCACAGACCUACUUCCCAAACUACUUCCCCAGUACGUCAUCUCGACCACAGAACUACUCCCAGUACGUCAUCUCGACCACAGACCUACUCCCAGUAAUGUCAUCUCGACCACAGACCUACCCCAGUACGUCAUCUCGACCACAGACCUACUCCCAGUACGUCAUCUCGACCACAGAACUACUCCCAGUACGUCAUCUCGACCACAGACCUACUCCCAGUACGUCAUCUCGACCACAGAACUACUCCCAGUACGUCAUCUCGACCACAGACCUACUCCCAAACCACUCCCCAGUACCUCAUCUCGGCCACAGAACUACUCCCCAGUCCCUCAUCUCGGCCACAGAACCACUCCCCAGUACCUCAUCUCGGCCACAGAACUACUCCCCAGUACCUCAUCUCGGCCACAGAACUACUCCCCAGUACCUCAUCUCGGCCACAGAACCACUCCCCAGUACCUCAUCUCGGCCACAGAACUACUCCCCAGUACUUCAUCUCGGCCACAGAACUACUCCCCAGUACUUCAUCUCGGCCACAGAACUACUCCCCAGUACCUCAUCUCGGCCACAGAACACACAAUCAUUAGGUAAGCAGACGGGUAUAGGUAAGAAAUACAACAAAACUAUCAAUAGAAUUCGUCAGUUUAAGGAAAAGGCAAAUGAACACAGUGACAAUGGAUCACGAAGGUCUGACCGCCUGUUAGGGGUAGUGCACAUUAGAGACUUUUAG